AUUUUAUCAGAAAUAGAAUUAUUUUAUAUGCUACCACACCAACGUAGAAAAAAUAAUUGGUUUCCUGAACUCAUCUUUAGUCUCGAUAAACUUUAUGAUAUAAUCACUAAAAUACAACAUAAUAAUUGGGACGAUGCUGUAACACCGUUUGUUCCUAAUACAUUACUAAAAAUUAUAGAUAAAGAUCAAUUAAAAGAUAAAGAGAACUUAUUUCAAAAAUUAAAAGAAGUCGAAGAAAAGAUUCAAAAAUUAACAGAAAGUGAAAAUAAAAUAAUUGAAGAGAAGAUUCAAAAUUAG